UUCCGCAUGCCUGCCCAGAGCUGAGUGGCCUCUGCUCGAAACUUCCAGAACUCAGUUUCCUGCAGAGCAGAUUUAAGGCAGGAAGCAGACCUCGUGCGUCCUCAGCCCUGGCUCUCGGCUCCACCACGUGCUCAUGUGCCCUUCCAGGCCGCUGCUAAGCAGUGUCAUGAGUCUGGGCCGGAUGGGAGCUUAACUCUUGGGGGCACUUUGGGGCUGAGAAGGAAGGAAAAUGACAGAUCCAGGGCCACCCACAGAGAGGAGCAGCUGCCAUCCUUGGCAGCUCCCACAUCCUAGGAGACAGUGGCAUAGAUGGUCAGGAGCCCAGGCUGAGAAAGACAGCCUAGGGGGCUGGGGGGAGGGGGAGCCUGGGCAGAACUGCCCUCUGCCAAACCCUAAGCUCAGCCAGGCGGGCCUCAGCUGCUUAGCUCCUCCUCCUCACUGCCAUCCCCCAAACAGACACUCCUUGCCCACAGCAAGAGUCCACCCACUCCAGACUUUGGCCUUAGCUGUAGCUAGUGUGGGAUCCUGGGAAGUCUAGGAGCAAAGUCUCUUAGGCAGACUGAGAAGGCUACAGCUUCACACACUGUGCUGCCUGCCAGCUUUCCCCAGAGCCUAGGCCUCCCUCAGCAGGGCAUCUCAUCCCACCAUGUGGCUGCCUCUGCUUCUGGGUGCCUUGCUGUGGGCAGUACUGUGGUUGCUCAGAGACCGGCAGAGCCUGCCGGCCCGAGACGCUGUCAUCUUCAUCACCGGCUGUGACUCGGGCUUUGGGCGCCUUCUGGCACUGCAACUUGACCAGAAGGGCUUCCAAGUGCUGGCCGGCUGCCUGACCCCCUCUGGGGCAGAAGACCUACAACAGAUGGCCUCCUCCCGCCUCCACACAACACUGCUGGAUAUCACUGAUCCCCAGAAUGUCCAGCAAGUUGCCAAGUGGGUGAAGACACGUGUUGGAGAAACUGGGCUCUUUGGUCUGGUGAAUAACGCUGGUGUAGCUGGUAUCAUCGGGCCCACACCAUGGCUGACACAGGAUGAUUUCCAGAGAGUGCUGAAUGUGAACACACUGGGCCCCAUUGGGGUCACCCUUGCCCUGCUGCCCCUGCUACAACAGGCCAGGGGGCGGGUGGUCAACAUCACCAGUGUCUUGGGCCGAAUAGCAGCCAAUGGCGGGGGCUACUGUGUCUCCAAGUUUGGCCUGGAGGCCUUCUCUGACAGCCUGAGGCGGGACAUGGCUCCAUUUGGAGUACAAGUCUCCAUUGUGGAGCCUGGCUUCUUCCGAACCCCAGUGACCAACCUGGAGAGUCUGGAGAACACCCUGAAGGCUUGUUGGGCCCGGCUACCUCCAGCUACACAGGCCCACUACGGAGAAGCCUUCCUCACUACUUAUCUUCAAGUGCAGCGCCGCAUCAUGAACCUAAUCUGUGACCCAGACCUAACGAAGGUGACAAGCUGCCUGGAGCAUGCCCUGACUGCCCGCCAUCCCCGAACACGGUACAGCCCAGGCUGGGAUGCCAAGCUUCUCUGGCUGCCUGCCUCCUACCUUCCAGCCAGGGUGGUGGAUGCUGUGCUCGCCUGGGUCCUUCCCCGGCCUGCCCAGUCAAUCUACUGACUCCAGCUUUACAGCAAGAGGCUGGUUUCGGAGGACAAGGCAUCUCCUUCUGUCUCUAUCCGCGCUGGCUGGCUUCUGACACAAACUAGGCUCUCAGUAAAUAAAUACGUAUAUCGCUUUAAAUCGAAAAGCAGGCGUACAGAAAUGAAGGUGCCCGUGGGGCCUGACAAGACUUGAGUACCUGAGAUCCCUAAGCAGCGGAGGAAGCAAACCCACCGGCCUCUUUAAUGCCUGCAAAGCUUCUACUGUACACUGGGUGCUGUGAGGAGCUACCUUGCAACUACACAUGCUUUUUGGAGCUGCACUUGGAGAGAUGGCCACCAGAGGGCACUUUCUCGGCAGAGUAGUAAGAAUUGUGUUUGCACCAGGAACACCAUUGUCUAAUUUUCUUGGGGAUAGAAGGGAAAGUGGCGGAAAUUGCCGUAUUGGGUGGCUUCCAUGACAGAAAUACCUAAACUCCCCUGUUAUCUAAGGCAAAAAUCGGGGACACUGCCACACAGGCCUCAAGCAACUUAAACACUCUCCUUGAGGGCUCAGGGAGGACUUCACUGGGCCUCAAAGCAGAGAGUUGUCCAGGCUCUACCCAGGAGGACCUUUGUGGAGCUCCCCUGCGACUCAUGCAGGAGCUGUCCUCAUGGGUGCUGCGGAAACAGUUUGAAGGCAACACAAACCGAGGGGCACAGGGACACUCAGUCACAACCUCCUCCGGACUCCCCACCUCUUCCACCCUCAAAUAAAUAAUCCUUUUCCCACCCCACCCCCCAAAUAUGCCUGCCUAUUCUCAGGCAGAGGCAGGGAGAAGGAAAAGGAAGGGGCCAUCCAUCACUCUAAGACAAACUGAGACCAUCUCCUUCUCUAGGUCUGAAAAAAUAAUCCGUUUAAUUGAAAACCUGGAGAGUCCACUCCAUGAAAAGACAGACGAGCUCAGACACGCCCCCACCCUACAUUACUUCGUAGCCACUCCGGAUACUCUUCACCAGACAGCAGGAGAAGAUAAUGCCCAGGACCUGAAAGGAAGGAUAGAAAUGAGGGUGGGAAGAAGACAGGGCAAGUUUCCCCAAACCCACUCAACAGCCACUGUUCCCAGGCCAGUGAGUGCCUCCUGUUCCCCAGAUGCCCUGAGCUGAUCCAGGCCCGCCCUCCCACAACCCACAGCAUUCCUCACCUCCACAAAAGCAAUGCCCAGGGCUGCUCCAGCCACCAGCAGUACGUUCUUCCUCAGCCAUGCCGCUAUAGUUUCCACGCAGCCCUGAAGAGAAAAGGCGGGCAUGACUACUAACAGAAGCGUCUACCUACCUCCUUCCUUCCCUCCCUCGGCCCCUUUCUCCUAUCCUCCCAACCCCUAUCCCCAACUCUGAUCCUGAUAGCAUCUCCUGCCUCCUGAAACAUUCCCCAAGUUUCCCUCGUGUGAUGUCUUCUCCCUACCUGGGUAUGGAUGGUGGAUUCCUUGAAAUCGUUUCCACAGCCCACAGUGAUGUUGAUGCAGCAAGAAUCGGGGACCCUGUCCUUGGCCAUACCGGGGAUGCGCUCCCAGUCUGUGUAGUUAGAGGCUCCACAGCAUUUAUUCUGACGGAGGAGGGAUGGGAGGGAAAGUCGCUAAACUGUGGAACCUCCAUUCUAAUUCAGAGAUGAGAAUCUUCCAUCCCGCCUCACCCUCUUCCCAGCCAUCCCACUCACUUCCUUCUGCAAUUUGUCCAAAAUGGUGGCCGUUUUGUUGUCUGUAAGGUAAUUCUGCAUCUGCUUCUGGAAGCUCUUACUAAACUCUGACUUCACCUAAGAGUAGAGGAGUGUGUUGUUGAGAACAGACUUCAGGCCCCAGAUUCCCAGAGCAUCCUGAGACAGGUUCCUCUUGUUCCCUGCUUACCUGGUCUCUAAACACAUAGCCAGCAAUGGCCACCGCCACCUCCACGAGCAUGAUAAGAGACAGGAAGAUGGCAAACUGCAGGAGGACAGGACAGGAGUUGAGUCUGAAGUCUGGAUUUAAAGGGCUUGCUCUGGCCCAGUCAAUUCCUUCAUCCACCCACCUCACCACAGAAUACCUUCUGGUAGUCCCAGGAGUUCCCACACCCCACUCACUGUAAUCAUGAGACAGUAGUUCUCUUUGCAGGCCCCACAGCAGCCCACAAAGGCCACCAGGAAGAGGAAGGCACCCACUGCAAUGAUGACCACAGGCAACAGCGAGCCAGCAGUAGUCUCGUGGGUAAUGGCCUGCUUCAAGACAACCUGAACUGCUACGCCAAUGGCAAUCAAUCCCACUGCGCAGGCCUGAGGGAAAAGGUGAGGGUUGGGUCAGCUCCUCAGUCCUCAGCCCUCACACCCGACCCCCAGCCAGAAAAUGGAUUCUUACACCUCCAGGAAACACUGGCUAUAGAGAAGGUUCGCCCGUCCUUGCCCCACAAGGAAGGCUGGGAAGUUGUUUGAGACACAUAAGGAGAAGGGAAUCAGGAGGUGUCAUGCCUGCCUCUAAACAGCUCUUCAGCCCAGGACGUGCGUUUUGUUCUAUUGACUCCUAGCUCGGGUCUCUCCCAGAACUACUCCCUCACUCCAGUGACUCAGGUCCUAGGGCCAGCCAGGCCGGGGAGGAAGAAGAGGGGGUAAGAUGGCCCCUUUCUGAACAAACAACAGUUUCUCCAGGCAGGAGCAAAUGAAGGAGGGUUGGAGCCAUUCCUUCUCCCAAGUAAAUGAGAGGGCUGAGAGAAUGGAGAUGAAUCAACAGGGUGAGGAGUGGAGGCAGCCCCUUGGCGAUACCAUCAGACCGUUGGCAGGUUGCCCCACCACCCCAUAUCACAAAUGGUUGGGUCACCAGACAGGAAGGGCCAGGAGGGGGUUGGUUAGGGGUGCUCCGCAUCUAGGGUGGCAAUUCUCGGUCCAAACUUUCCUCAGAGGAAAGCGGCGGGGGGGGGGGGGGCGGGGGAGGGGUGACGGACACGGACACAUUCUGCCUUUGGCCUUUUCUCCAGCUUUGCUUCCACAUCUGGCCUCCAGCUGCCUUCAUUUCUGGGUCCCUCGUUCCUCACGGCUCCCGCUCCAAGACUCACCGGCACCCCGCCCGCGCGCCCCGUCGCCCUCCCCGCACUACUCACGCAAAAGGCCAGUAGGAGAACGUAGAGCAAAAACUUGACACACUUCAUUCCUCCUUCCACCGCCAUGGCUGCUGGGCCUGGGGCCGCAAGAGAGCGCAAGGAUUAGAGCAGGCCGAGGGGCCGCCGGAUCCGCAGCUCCCCGCCGGCCUUCGCAGCCUUCCCUGCGCGGCCCCCAUCGGGGCCCUCCCACCCAGAAACCCGCAGUCAGAUCCACGUCUCCGCGCCCUCCCUGCCCUCCCGCUCCGCGGCCGGACUGGGGUGGGGGCGCGCACCAGGGAAUGGUGCCUCGGGAUCCCGGGACGCACGGAGGGCGCAGCCGGACUCCGGGUGGACCCCCGCCGGUCGCCGCCCAGCGCGGAAUCCCGACCCCUACAGGCCGCGAUCCAGGACACUCGCCAGCCCCCCGGGCGCGAGCCUCCCUUCGAGGGCCGCACGGGUGGCGCCCCGCGAACUUCGAGGCAAAGUUGUCCCCACGGGCGUCCCCGGAGUCCCCGGGCCCGCGUUAACCCGGGCCUCACCUGCGCUCCCCGACGCUUCUUGAUGCUCUCCUACCGCGGCUCAGCAGCCGUCUCCUGUGCCCCCUGCCCGCGCCCCGCCUGCCGCACGGCCCCGCCCCGGCUCCGGCCGCCCCCACCCCCGCAGGGUGGCCGCCUUCCUCCCUCCCUCCCUCCCUCUCUCAUGUGACGCGGGAACAGCUGCGGCCUGAGUCACCCGGGCUAGCAGGGGAGGUGAGCCCCCCGCCUGGACAGGCCACGUGGCCGCUGCCCGGAAGCCUCGAGCCAGGAGCCGGACCUCAGGGUUCCCGGAGCCCUCUCCAACCCAGCACCGUCUGGUUCUCUCUGGUUCGGGAGUAGGCGAGUCCGGAGCCCAGAGGACGCAGGGCGGCCGGGAGUUGCCCAAAGACAGAACUGAGGCAAAGUGUCAAAAUGCUCUUCUGCAGACCUCAACCCACAGAGAACCAACCACGCACCUCCCUCUCCGUCCUUGUUCAAGCCCCUGCCCCCAAUCCCCGAGCCCGCAGAAGGUGUGGGUUGGGUGGCAUUGGGUGAAGUCAGAAUAAACACUUUCAGAAAGCCCCUAGCUUCACGUCUUAGGAGUCUCCCAACGUUCUGGACUAGGGUUUUAUGACCCCAGCUUCUCUAUUUUCUAGAACUCCUGAGCUGAGAAAACCGGAGGGAGGAAGCCCUUGUCUAGAACCGUUUCAUGCGUCAAUUAUAACACGUCAGAGCCUGGGCCCUCCUUCUGGGGAAAGAUUAACAAAGCCUUAGUUCCCUUGCUCCUGGAUUAACCAGUGGUUAGUGGAGAUGCGAGAAAAGACGCUAAUGCUGGCAAGGCAAUAACAUGGACUUCCUCGCCUUAUUCCUCUUUUCAUCAGAGAUGGCAAAACCAGCAGCUCCUUCUGCCUCGAGUUGCUUACUGAACUGAAAGGAAAGGAGUGUACACAAAGAAGCCAUAGGAACAAAAGCCAGCUGGUGGUGCGCAGGUAUAUCUCCACAAGCGUCCCGCACCGUUAAGAGACAGAACCACGGGGACUUGCUGGCCUCAGUCUAGCUCCAAGUUCAGUCUCAAGGGAACAAGAUAGACCUCUGAGCUACUGCAGUGUCUGGCACUGGGCCAUAAAAGACGAACUGGGAAGGGACCCCUAUUCCUUCACAUGAAGUAAAGCCAGGGCCCCACUCUGCUGUCUUCCAAGACUAGAAGCACAGCACAGGAAGCGAAGGUAAAACGGAGGGUGGAGCAAAGGAAGCUUGUGGGAGGAAACCAUGGGCAAGCACAUCAGUGCUAAGGCUACCCACUACAGAGGGUAGGAAGAAUGCUAGCCCAAACUCAAGGGGUUUUUUUGGGUUUUUUGUUUUGUUUUGUUUUGUUUUUUAGUUUAGUUUUGUUUUUGUUUGUUUUUUUUUUAAGUUUUCAUUUCACACCCAAUCCUGUGUUGAGUUUUGAGUCUCAAAGCCCCCCCCCCUUGAAUAAUAAGAGACAGACUACAGGCUUAGAUCAAAACUGGGGAAAGAGGCUCCCCGGGCAGUGUGGCACAGACCUGGCCUUGCCCUAGUGCUGAAUGCUUCGCUGAGCGGAGCACACCCACACUGGGAGCACGGUUCUGCCCUGCUGGUGGGUAGAGUCUGGAGACACUGAGGGGAAUCUCCUGUCACUGAGAAAGCCAAUUGUGACUGGCCCCACUGUUUCACUGGCAAGUCUAAAUGGCUGUAUUACCAAAGAGGAUGCAUUGCCCAAGCCCCGCUGUCCUCACUGUGAGGAACCGGAGGCGCGGACAGAUGAAGCUGGUCACUCCUGUGGGUAAAAGUCAGAGCACAGUGUCUGUCCCCAGCAGGAAGCACCCCAAGGCAGACAGACACCAGCCCGUGUGAGAGUGUGUUCUGUCAGCUCACAAGCGAUAUGACCUUGGUGGAACUCUUGCUGAGGAUGUUGGCAGGAGAACAGUUUCCCUUCCCCCUCACAGUUCUGAGGGUCAGGAAGGGAAUGCAGGCCACUGUCUUUGCUCCCUUAAGAUGGAGUCCCUUAGGACUUCUCACAGGUCAGCGGGAAGUGGUUAUCCAGUAUGCACAUGGCCCAGUGUUCAGGCUCCAGCAUUAGUGACGAAGUUAGGGGGGGCAGACAUGAGGGUCAGCUACCACAGGGCUUGCCCAGUCAUGCGUGAAGGUCCAAGUUCAACCCAUGGCCCUGUAUAAACUGGGCAUGGUGGCACGUGGCUGCGAUCCCAGAGUUAGGGUGCGGAAGAGAGAGGAUGAGAAUUUAGUGGUCAUCAUAAAAGUCUGAGGCCAGCUUGGGCUACUUGAGACUGUCUCAGAAAUAAAAUAAAGGCUUCGCCAUAUUACUGUUUUGUUUGGGGGAGAGGGGUUGGUUUUGUUUUUGUUUUCGAGACAGGGUCUCAAUAUAUAGCUCAGGCUGUCCUAGAAGUCACUAUGUAGACCAGGCUGGCCUCACUCUUGGACAUCUGCCCUUCUCUGUCUCCCUCCCCAGUGCUGGGACGAAUUGUCUUUAGACUUCUGGGAACUAAGAUACCUCUGCUUGCUGAGCAGUGGUGGCGCAAGCCUUUGAUCCCAGCACUCCAGGGGCCAAGGCAGGGGGAUCUCUGUGAGUUUGAGACCUGGUCUACAGAGUGAGUUCUAGAACAGCCAGAACUACACAGAGAAACCCUGUCUCAAAAACUUAAUUAAUUAAUUAAUUAAUAUUAGUUAUUAAAAAAUAAAAUAACUUUGCACUGGUGGGCUGGAAAGGUGGCUCAAUGGUUAAAAGAAUUCACUGCUCUCCCAGAGGACCGAUGUGCAGUCCUACACCAGAUGGCUCACAACUGUCAUUCCAGCUCCAGAGGAUCUGACACCCUUUUCUGCCUUCCAUGGGCACCUUCCUCUUCCUCCUGAGACAGGACAUAGAUGAGCAUUUAAUAAAUAAGACAGAAGCAAA